CAGCUCCCGGCCAGCCCGUGGGAGCUGGUGAAGCCCUCCGUGACCGAGCUCUCGCGGGCCGUCCGGAGCAACAUCCUGUGCACCGUGCCCGGCUGCGGCAAAGUGCUGCCCAACCCGCCGGCGCUGAGCAUGCACCUCAGCAAGGCCCACCGCGUGCAGCAGCAGCAGCAGGAUGGAAAAAUAAAUUCUGCAAUAAGGAAAGACUUGAAAACCCCACAGAAAUACUACUGCUGUCCUAUUGAAGGUUGCCCUAGAGGGCCAGAAAGGCCUUUUUCACAAUUUUCUCUUGUAAGGCAGCACUUUAUGAAAAUGCAUGCCGAAAAGAAGCAUAAAUGUGAUAAAUGUAGCAAUUCGUAUGGUACCAUAUGGGAUCUAAAGCGACAUAUUGAGGAUUGUGGCAAGACUUUCCAGUGUACGUGUGGAUGCCCCUAUGCCAGCAGGACAGCAUUAUUGUCUCAUAUUUAUAGGACGCAGCAUGAGAUCCCUGUUGAACACAGGGAUCCACCUAGUAAGAAAAGGAAAAUUGAAACUUCAAUAUCAAGUCAGUUGCUGGGGGAGAAAGUUAAAGAAGCUUCUGCCAAUGUCCACAGCAGAUGUACUAGCACUAAAGACUUGGAGACUUCUGAGAUCAAACCAGCAGCUUCCUUUGAAGAUUCCAGCCGCUCCUAUACCACUAAGCAAACACAAACGCAGCCCAAAAAUAUGCCAAAGUUGCUUCUGCCAAAGCCCAAAGUGGCUUUGGUUAAACUACCUGUAAUGCAGCUUACUCACUUGCCUAUCUUUGUAUCUGCGCCAGACUCUUCUGUCAAACCCGUUGUAGUUGCUGUUGAUGACAAAGGCUCUGUUAUGAGUACCGUUCACUUGAUGCCUCUGCCAUUAGGAAUUAUGAUGCCUGCACUGGAAGCUGAAAAUCUUGCAUUUAAAGACACUUUGACCCUUUCAAAAAACAAAAGUUCUGGCAGCAUUGAGCCAGUCAGCACAGGUAUUCAGGUCAAUUUGGGUAAAGUUACAUCAAAUAAUACAAUUCAUGGUCUGGAGGCUAUAUGCUACAAGAAUGGAAUUUGUUCCACAAAUGUACAAACUGAUCUAUCUUACAUUUCACAAAACUUUGUGCCCUCUACAGCCUGGACUCCCGAUUCCUCAGUGUCCUCUUUUUCUCAAACAGACCUGACAUUCAGUUCACAAGUUUUGCUGCCAAUUAGUGUACAGACACAGACCCUGUUGCCCAGUUCAAAGCUGACUUCAUCCAUCGCUGCUCAGACAGAUACACUUGCACAGGCUUGCUUCCAGUCAUGUGGAGUUUCUCGAGAGACUCAAACCACCAGGUCACAGAAAAGUAUUGAUGGGAGAGUACAAAUGGACCAGGCUGUAAUGUGCAAUGACAUUUUUGACAGUGUUAGUUCAUCGUUUAAUGAUUCAAACUCAGUUGUGCUUCCAGGCAGCAACUUGAUGGCUGCAGGCCUGGGUCAAAGUUUGCUACAAAGAGGAACCUGUAAAUCUUUGAGUCAGGACUCUAAGUGUGAGCCGAUUAUCAACUUCAGUGCACAGAAUAAUAUUCUCCCACAGCAAGUUAUGACAGACAAUCAAACCCAGACAAUGGAGUUACUGAAUGAUCUCGAAACUAUUUUUUCAAGUAAUACAGCCGGUCAGUCGUUGGAUAACCGUAGUCUUUUAACAGAUACUAACUCCAAUUCUGGGGCCCCACUCCCGUCUGGCCCUACACAGAACUCAGGAAUUGAUUUUGACAUAGAAGAGUUCUUUACAGCUUCAAAUAUCCAAACUCAGACAGAAGAGACCGAACUUGGUAACUUGAAUUCUGAGCCAGUCUUGGAAUCACUAGAUAUUGAAACUCAAACAGAUUUAUUUUCAGAUAAUGCCACACAGUCCUAUACCUGCCGAGGUAAUCCCAGUUUCUUAGGCUUGGAGAUGUUUGACACACAGACCCAGACAGACUUAAAUUUCUUUUUAGAUAGUCCCUACCUACCUUUGGGAAGCAUCUUGAAGCAGUCCAGUUUCUCUAUGAGCAUAGAUUCAUCUGAUACAGAAACACAGACAGAAAUGCAGUUUCCUGAGAGAAGUGCCUCUAAUCAGAUAGCAGAGAGCAAAGUCCAGCUGAAUAGUGCCGAAACACAGACCAUGGAUAACUGCUUUGAAACUCUAGGGAGCUUAUUCCUUACCAGCAAUGAGACUCAGACAGCUAUGGAUGACUUUCUGUUGGCUGACUUGGCUUGGAAUACAAUGGAGUCGCAGUUCAGUUCAGUAGAAACACAGACUUGUGCAGAAUUGUGCUCUUUAUUUCAGAGUUCUGAAAAAGCAAGCCAUUGAGUGUGGUGCUCAAACUCUGUCUUAUCUGAGAAUUAAGUUAUGUGUGGGUAGGAGAAACUGACAUUGGAGUUAGCUCUGCUGAAUGUAAUUGACCAUAUACAGUUGGUUUACAAACCUUGUCAUACUAUAAGGUACUUUAACUGUUGUGUGUUGUUACUAAUAUGAACCCUGUGUGGGUGUGUUCACUGUAGUGUGUUAGUGUAUGUUUGAACACUUCAUAACGGAUUGUUAUCUGGUGCCUGCCUCUGCUAUUUUGAGUUGCAUUUUUUAAAACCCAGAAUUUUAAACCUGUAUCCUUUAGUCAUGUCUGUACUCUGAACUUGGCACUAAAGCUGCAGUCCUUUAUUCAUUUACUUGAUAAUAAGCCCCAUGGAACAAAGUAAAACUUCAGACAGAGGAUUGCACUGUAUUAUUUUAAAAGAUUGGACCAAAAGCUAGGAUUUUUUCAUUCUUACUCAUUCCCCAGAUCCUGAACAUGUCAUCAUUUUUGUUGUUGUUGUUAUUGUUGUUCCUUAUAUUGGAGUUGGUUGUCACAAUUUAAAUAUAAGGAUGUUACAACAUGGUUGUCCUCAUUAGUUCCUACAUGUUCACCCAUCAGCAUAUUGAUUCGACAUCAAGUCCUGUUCAGGUGUCAAGCCUGAACAGGCUAUGGAUCAUGCAUGCUAGCCCCACCCUCUCAGCCUAAGAUCUGAAGAGGGGUUCUAUCUCAGCGCAGCAAAGUUGGGGACUGAGGAGGUAGCACCAUCGUGCACAGAGUUGUAGGGGUGGGGGCAGCAUGCAACAGCUUGACACCGGAGCAAGGCUAUAAGCCAACAGGUUUGCAAGAUUGUAUUCUGUAAAUUUGGAGUAGCAUGGCAGUUGCUGGAUUAUUUAGUGUAGUGUUCUAAGAAAUGCAACAAAGUAUAUGAACCAGGUUUUUUUUCUGGUUUCUAAUACUUCAUAGAGCAUAAGUCAAGCUUUGUGCUUCUGUGGGUAGGAGGACAAUUGAAUUUUGAAGCUACCAUGUUAACAAAAAGUCCAUAUACUUUGUCUUUAAAAUGGGGAAAUCUCAUGGAUUUAAUUUGAUCGUGGAUUUAAUUUUCUUGAAACAGUGUCUGCCAUCUGGUACAAUUUUGGCUCUGAACUUUUGCCAGAUUUCACAGUCAUAACAGGCAGUUUGAAAUUGAGCUCUUUUGCCUCCAAAAUCUAUACCAAAUAAGGAAAGGAGGGAGGGCAGCAAUGCAAAAAGAAGAGCCUUCAAAAGGUGCACCUGAUUAUCUUAUUUUGAAUCAGCAACUCUUCUUCAAAAGCACAAGUUGAAAUAGUGUCCUGUUCUUUCAAGGACUGCUUUGUUUUAAGCAGUAUCUCUGAAGUGUAUUGCUCUAAAUUAUUUCCAGUUGUACCCUUUGGAGCUUUCAUUUCCUUCUUCAAUUUUUAAACCUGUCUCAAGCUGCUGUCAAACAACUACUUAGGAAAUGUAGCUGUAAGGCAAGCCAUAAAAAUUAGAUUCUAUCGACUCAGAACAAGACCGGUAGGUAGCUCUUCUACAACUAAUGAAGUUCCUCAGAGCACCAGAUGUGUGUGCAACUACAGCCCUUAACCAAAGACCUUAUAUGCUAAUGGACAUAUAGUUAUGAUGAUGAGUAAA